GUUUAAAUGCAAAUAGUUUCUUAAACACUGAGGUCUCGACGAUAAUAACAUCUAUACAUUAACAUUUGGAUUUAUAAAGUUGUGUUCUGAAAAAAAUACUCGUUAUGGAGACGACGGAGGGUGUUGAUGGAGUUCUAUUAGCUCUGGGUGGAUAUUCAAGAUAUCAGAUUUUUCACUUUUGCCUGAUGUUACUUUGUGAUUUGUCUGCUUCAUUCCAACUUUUAGAUAUGGUUUUUAUUGGUAAAAGUGUUCCACAUCACUGUGCUGCUCCACCAGAUGGUACCAAUUUUACAAUUGAUGGCAUAGAUCUACCACCAAGCUCCAAUAUAACUUACUAUCAAUGUAGUAUAGGGGUAAUACACACUACCGAUAAUAACUCUAAGUUACAAACAUUACCGUGUAUUUAUGGUAUGCAGUACACAGAACGAAAAGAUGUUUCAUUUGUUUCGGAAUUUGACUUAGUUUGUGAUAGACAAGCUUUAAGCGACCUUCCACAGACUUUAUUAAUACUUGGUCAAGCUCUAGGUGCUCUCAUACUGCCCUAUUUCUCAGACAGAUUUGGUAGAAAACCUGUUCACGUGCUAAGUCAUAGCAUACUAUUGGUGAUAGGGAUUUCCAUUGCAUUUUCGCCGAAUUAUCUAGUAUUUGCUAUCCUCAGACUACUAAUAGGUGUUGUUCAACAGGGUAUUGUGCUGACGUAUGCAACAUAUGCCUCGGAAAUGUUUCCUACUAGAUAUCGCCGUGUUAUUUGUUUAUUUGGUGGAAUUAUGUUGACAUGCUCCUCGAUCUUCAUGACUGGUAUAGGCUACUUGAUGAGAUUUGAAAGUUGGCGUUAUUUACAGUUGGCAUACACAGCAUCUGCUCUUCAUGUUAUUGUCCAAUUUCUGUUUAUGGACGAAUCAUUCCGAUGGUUAAUGAGAAAUGGUAAAUAUCAACUGGCACUGAAAAAUAUAAAGAAAGCUAUAAGAAUGAGUAAAGCAGAUCGGGAGCUUGUCCUAGAAGCUUUCAAUAAAGUAGUAGAAGAAUCUACAGAUAUUCCUGGGCAUGGACUUCGGGAAAACGGAGAUUCCAGUGGUGCCAAAACAAAGAGGUUGAGUUUAUUGGAUAUAUUUAAGAGGAAGAGAUUGGCUUUGAAUACCUUCAUUAUUUGGUUUAUGUGGUGUACAGCUGCCAUGACCUUUUUUGGACUGUUUUUUACUUCAACUAGCUUGUCAGGAGAUCCUCAUCUUAAUGUGUUCUUAAAUGCUCUCAUGGGUUUGCCUACGGCUAUAAUUUUCUGGGGUAUCAUAGACAGAGUUGCGGGUCACACAACCUCUGCAUUCAUAACAACAUUUAGUCUGUUGGGUAUAAUAGGAGCGGAGGGGGCAUUUUCAGUCUGUUUUUUCUACACGCCAGAACUCUACCCUACUAAUGUAAGGAAUGUUGCUCUUGGCUCGGCGUCAGUUGCAGCUAGAACUGGUGGUAUGAUAGCACCGUUUUCAAGGCUAAUGAUCAAACAUAUUCCAUGGGGACCAGGAGCGAUAUUUAGUAUUUUCUGUUUAGUAUCAGCUUUUCUAGUGAUAUGGUUACCAGAAACACGAGAAAAACAACUUCCACAAACUAUGGCAGAUCUCAAACUUCUCUAUCCAAAGCGGGAAAGAAAAGCGGCAAAAGUUGGAGAAUUAAAACCACUUUGAACGGUUAAAAAAACCUGUCACAUAUAAGGCCUUUACGUUUAUUUUUUCAAGAGGCAGACGGACUUAUUUUUUCGCCCUAUCAUGGCGAUUUAAAUAGCCAGGGAAUUUUACUCAAGAUCACAAUGCGAAUUUUUAAGUGCAAAACAAAACCAUUUCCAAUGAAAUUAAUGUAAAAACAAAGCAUCAAAAGUCGAUGUAGGGUGAGCAAGGCAACACUUUAGCUCUCAGUCCUAUAACGACAAUAGGUGAAGCAGUGUCUGAUAAUUACGUCACUAAAAUUGAUUUUAAAUUUAGUUUUGUCAUCCAAUCAGAUUACUGUAUUUCUUUUAUAUAAGUUAAGUGUAAUAAAAAGUAAUCACAGG